UCAAGACUGUCCGUAAUUUUAAAGGGUGCCUCAAGACUGUCCGUAAUUUUAAAGGGUGCCUCAAGACUGUCCAUAAUUUUAAAGGGUGCCUCGGGACUGUCUGUGAUUUUAAAGGGUGCCUCGGGACUGUCCAUAAUUUUAAAGGAAUGGAGUGCCUCAACACUGUCCAUAAUUUUAAAGGGUGCCUCAAGACUGUCCAUAAUUUUAAAAGGGUACCUCAAGACUGUCCGUAAUUUUAAAGGGUGCCUCAAGACUGUUCAUAAUUUUAAAGGGUACCUCAAGACUGUCCGUAAUUUUAAAGGGUGCCUCAAGACUGUUCAUAAUUUUAAAGGGUGCAUCAAGACUGUCCAUAAUUUUAAAGGGUGCCUCAAGACUAUCCAUAAUUUUAAAGGGUGCCUCAAGACUGUCCAUAAUUUUAAAUGAUGCCUCAGGACUGUCCAUAAUUUUAAAGGGUGCUUCAAGACUGUCCAU